AUGUUAAUUUUUCUUACAGAAACAGUACUUGGUUUAAAAUUGGAUGCGAAUGGAAUCAAGGAGAAGCAGCUAAUGGAAUCGUUUAACAUGACUUGCAAACUGGUAACGGCACGUAUUGUAGAGCCCUGGUUGCAACUUGAUGCAUUAUACAAGCUAUUGCCAUAUCAAAGAACUUUUGAAAAAAAUAAAGAAAUUUUACGUAGGUUUGUCAAAGAGAUAAUCAAAGAAAAACGCAAACAAAUAAAAGAUAAUAUUAAAAUAGACACCGGUGACACCAAAAGUAUAAAAAGCUUUCUGGAACUUCAUAUAGUAUCGUCUGGCGUCGAUGGUCGCUUUUCUGACGAGGAGUUACUUGAAGAAUCGCUUGUCAUGUUGUUAGCUACUGAUAAUACUACUGUCGGGUUAUGUUUUACUAUUUGUUUGCUGGCUCAAUACCCUGAUGUGCAAGAAAAAGUAUUCCAGGAGUUACAAGAAGUGUUUAGUGAUUUGGACAGACAAGUAGUCGUCGAAGACUUGCCACGUCUCAAAUAUUUAGAAGCUGUGCUCCGAGAAAGUCUACGUUUGUAUCCACCAGGGCCUAUAAUUGUAAGAGAGAUCAAUGAAGAUAUAAAACUGACAUCGGGUGUAACCUUAAAAAAAGGAUGUGGAUUUUUCGUAAAUAUCUGGGGCACCAAUCGCAAUCCUUUGUAUUGGGGAGAAGAUGCAGAGCUGUUCCGCCCUGAACGUUUUCUUGACGGACAUUCGAGGCACCCAGCCGCCUUCCUAAGCUUUAGCCACGGACCCAGAAACUGUAUAGGAUACCAAUAUGCCAUGUUUUCAAUGAAAACAGUACUAGCAACAUUUCUACGAAAAUACCGCGUACUGCCCAAACAUGAAAAGAGCGGAAGCAGCGAAGUGAACCAUGAACCGAUGAAACUUACAUUUGACAUUCUGAUGAAGGAUGUUGACGGAUUCCGAGUAAGAUUGGUCGAAAGAAAAUAUGACAAAGUAUUUUAA